UUACUUCAAUCUAUCCAAACCAAAUCUUCAGAAAAGGGCAUAACCGUCAUUUGCUCAGAAACAGCGUUUUAUUUUCUCUUCUUCAAUCCCAUUGCACGAAUUGUCGAAACAAACGAAUCAAAGGUUGCUCUGUCGAGAAAUGGGGUUACUUUCUAACAGGGUAACUAGAGAGAGCCUGAAAGCAGGAGAUCACAUCUAUUCUUGGAGGACUGCUUAUAUUUAUGCUCAUCAUGGCAUUUAUAUCGGUGAUGACAAAGUUAUCCACUUUACUAGGCGUGGACAAGAAGUAGGAACCGGUACCGUACUAGAUGUUCUCCUCCUCAGUUCAGCACCAGCCAGGUCUCAAGAAAUUUGCCCAAUUUGCAUUCCAUCCCAAGAAGACCAUGGGGUCGUUGUCUCAUGCCUGAACUGCUUUCUGGCCGGAGGUGUCUUGUAUCGUUUUGAGUACGCCGUCUCCCCAGCUCUCUUUCUUGCGAAAGCACGCGGUGGAACAUGCACUCUUGCAGUCUCAGAUGAAGACGAUGUUGUGGUUCAUCGAGCUCUGUAUUUACUCGAAAACGGCUUUCGUUGCUAUAACGUAUUCAAGAACAACUGUGAAGACUUUGCCAUCUAUUGCAAAACCGGGUUAGUUGUUGUUGAUGAAAGAACAAUUGGACAGAGUGGCCAAGCAGUUUCCAUCAUAGGAGGACCUCUUGCUGCUGUUCUAUCAACGCCGCUCCGCUUGGUGACUACAAAUGUUUAUGGAAUGGCGGCAACUGCCGUUGGAGUUUAUUGUGCUAGCAGGUAUGCUGCAGACAUUGGAAUGAGGAGGGAUGUGGUGAAAAUACAAGUGGAAGAGUUGACAGGAAGGUUGGCUACUGGGUUACUGCAGGUUAUUGAACCUCAAGUUUCAAUGAAUCUGGCCCCUCAAUCUACUCAGAUUGUUAGUCAAUGAUCAAACACUGCUUUGUUUAAAUUUAUGUUCUGCUAUGAAUUUAAGUUUAUGACAGUGAUGUGGUUUUUUAACCAUUGGGUGUGUAAGCAUUUUAAUAUUUAAUUGAAAUAUUGUAUGGUAUUUUGGAUUUGGAUAAUUUAUUUUGCUUUUCUUUGAGGCCUCUCUGGGUGAUGAGCUAGCUAGGCAUUUUUUGGCCUAGUGAAACUGAUCAUGUACAUAUAAUGUAUAAAUGUCAUGAGUUCUGGUAAGAGUAUUGUUAAGGUAAAUGAUUGUAUAAA